GUCAUGUCAUCUUCGCACACUUAAAAGUGGGCAAAAAGUUUUACAAGGUUCUGUUGAUCCUGAUCUGGUAGAAGAUUGUGUGUGCCUACAUGGAGCUCUUUGCAGAAUUGUGAGCCUCCAAUGCUAAAGAGUUUAGCAAGGAAUCGCAUUUUUUCAAGAAAAUCUGCAGUUAUGUAUUGUAGGAACUUGUGCCAUGCAUUAACUUAGUCUGAAUUGUGCUCAGCUUCCUUUUGUGUUCUAGUGUUAUCCUAAACACAAAAACACUUGGGUAAUGUCAAAAUUGAAACACACCAUUUAAAAGUUUGCUUAUAAAACAUAGUUAUUUCAUCCUUUUGCCUUUACUUAUCUGUAGCUAAGGAACGUGGAUUAGAAAGGAUAUGUCCUUACUGCUUCCAGUUCCUGGUUCCUGACAGCUACCGGGUGCGCCUCAAACCAAAGAUGAAAGUGACUCCACAGAUAGAGAAAGUUCUUAAACGAGAGGCAAAGAAUCAUAAACUUAACAUGAAACAGACAAAGCUUUUGAGAAAGUACAAGGAGUCAAGAAGUGUUCUGCUGGUUACUUGCAAAUCUUGCAACAAAACAACAAGACAUUAUGGUAAAAGCAGGGAUUUUCUGGCUACCAGAACACAAAAUUGUGGCACUCCAGGUAUCAAAUCUAGCCUGAAGACACCAGAUGUAAAAAUUCAGUCUGCAAAGAAAAUGACACCUGUAAGCUGCAGUAGGUUGGGAUCUAAAGGGAACAGUCCCUCAUCACUUUCCAGGACACGUGAAUCUGGACAGACAACAACCAACUCUGCUUCCAAGACUCCCCGAAACUCCAAAUUUCACUUUUCUAAGCUAAAACGGAUGCUUGACCUAGAAGAAAAAGAGAAAAGCCAGAAGGCAGAUUUCAAAACCUUUCUGACUUUACUUUAGUUAUAUAUUAUUUCAAAGUAAUAAAGAUUACAGCAAUAAAUAUUGCUCCAGUUUUAGUAAAUCAGCAAAGUGAUUUCUUUAAAACUCAAGCUAACAUCCUGUACUUUGUGGAAGCAUAGACCGUAUUUUUUAGAAGGAAGCUCUCUUUCUAAGGGGAGUGAUUGUCUGCCAGAGGAAGUUGAGAAGAUAGCCAGUUUAAUAUGCUUGGGAAUCUUGAACAUUGCAGUUUUUGAUGCCCCAAGAAUUAAAAGCCAGGAUUGAUCCUUUGAGAAAGCUGAUGAUAGUCCAACCAGGACCAUUUAAUUGUCAAGAUUAAAGAUUUUCAAUUUAUGUUUGGCACAGAGAUCAGAGAGGACAUUGUAAAGUCACUGUUCAGGACUGAGGUUAUAGCCUGUCCCACUUAGUCUGCAGUGAUGAUUCUGCACAUGGUGCUUUUCCUCCUGAAAAAUACAGCAAAUUAGUUAAAAGCAUUUACUUUUUUGGAUUUAAAGGUCUGUAUUUUCCUUUUCUUUUGCUAGUUUAAUGAAUAGUUUACUUUAAGUGCCUUCAGACUCAGUGAACACUGCUUAAGAAAUACGACCAGCAAAUAACUUGGACUGGGAAGCAGUCCAGGGCAGGGGAGAAUAGUUCAUUGUAAACUGUACUUAAGAGUCUCAGAGAUUGGCAUGUAACCUUUUUAUAUCUCCUGUACACUUGCACAAUAACUGAAGGGUGCAUUGCUCUUUGUCUCUUAUGUAUGUGUAGGAUAAAAUGAACUGCCAUUCUUUAAUCAAAAUACAAACCUUGGAGUGUUGCCUUUUUCAGC